GUCGCGACGGAGAAGUCGCCCCCGGCGCCGCUCUCUCCCCUCGCAUCCCCGGUCCCCGGGGUCCAGACUGGGAGCUCACGCGGGCCCCCUUCGCUCGCGCCAGUGUGAGUGUGCAAGGAUUCCGUAGAGGAAUUUGUUCUCUCCAAAACUGGGAGUGGGCACCGGUGCCUUGGGCCUCUUUUCCAGUGUUACCCCAGGAACUGUCUGGCCUCAGUCUCCCUACCCCCGGGCCCCUACUUUUCUCCUCUCUGCCAUCCUAGAUCGCUGCGGGUCAUUGUUCUCGCUGCCAAAUGGGGGUGCUUUGUACAGGCUGCCAAGUUGGGGUAUGUUCUCUUCACCCCGUUUUUCAAACAACACAGGGCUCCUGAGGCGGACCCUGGGCAACCCACCUGGCCAUCACUCCAGGUUGAUGCGCUGAUUCUUUCUUACCAAAUAGUAUUUUAUUGUACAGGAGCCACGCCCUGGUUUCUUAAAGGCGCCCGGCACUGUUUGGCCAUGUGUUAUCUCUAUAGCGGGUGUGUAGGAGGCCUUCUGUAAGGCACUAAUUUUUCCCGCCUCCUGAUAUAUCCUCCCACCCCCGUCGAGGAUUUAGGGAUGCCAGGGGGAAAGAAAGUGGUCCCGAGUGGCAGCAGCGGUGCCUCCCCGAACGCAGCCGCUGCCACCGCUGCUGCUGCCGCCGCCGCCGCCCACUCUGGCAUUAAACGUUUGGAGACCAGCGAAGGGGCCUCAGCACAGAGAGAUGAGGAUCCAGAGGAUGAAGGGGAAGAGGACCUACGAGAUGGAGGUGUCCCUUUCUACAUCAACCGAGGUGGACUGCCAGUGGACGAGGCCACCUGGGAAAGGAUGUGGAAGCAUGUGGCCAAGAUCCACCCGGAUGGAGAGAAGGUGGCCCUGCGGAUCCGUGGGGCCACGGACCUGCCCAAGAUUCCCAUACCAAGUGUGCCUACUUUCCAACCGACGACGCCCAUCCCUGAGCGCCUGGAAGCCGUGCAGCGCUACAUCAGGGAACUGCAGUACAAUCACACAGGGACACAGUUCUUUGAAAUUAAGAAGAGCAGACCUCUGACAGGGCUGAUGGACCUGGCCAAGGAAAUGACCAAAGAGGCUCUGCCAAUCAAAUGCCUGGAAGCUGUGAUCCUGGGGAUUUACCUCACCAACAGCAUGCCCACCCUGGAACGCUUCCCCAUCAGCUUCAAGACCUAUUUCUCAGGGAACUACUUCCGCCACAUUGUGCUGGGGGUGAACUUUGGGGGCCGCUACGGAGCCCUGGGCAUGAGCCGGAGGGAGGACCUGAUGUAUAAACCUCCAGCCUUCCGUACCCUCAGCGAGCUUGUGCUGGACUACGAGGCGGCCUACGGGCGCUGCUGGCACGUGCUGAAGAAGGUGAAGCUGGGCCAGUGUGUGUCCCACGACCCCCACAGUGUGGAGCAGAUUGAAUGGAAGCACUCAGUGCUGGACGUGGAGAGGCUGGGCCGGGAAGACUUCCGCAAGGAGCUGGAGCGUCAUGCCCGAGACAUGCGGCUCAAGAUUGGCAAGGGGACAGGCCCUCCCUCCCCCACCAAGGACCGGAAGAAGGAUGUUUCCUCCCCACAGAGGGCCCAGUCCAGCCCCCACCGCAGGAACAGCCGCAGCGAGAGACGGCCUUCAGGAGAGAAGAAGCCUGCAGAGCCCAAAGCCAUGCCAGACCUCAAUGGGUACCAGAUCCGGGUGUGAGGCAGAUGCCAGCACCCCCAGGCCUCCUCUGCUUCUGGAGGCCCUGACCCACAUGAACGAAAGAAUCUACUUGGUUCAGGCAGGGGCUGGGGAGUGGGAGGCAGGAAGGAUGCCUUGCAGGUCAGCCCCGGUGACUUCCGCUCCCACGGAGCCAAGCCCCUACCUGGGCCAAGAAGCAGUUAGUAUUUUAUUUGGCGUUUUAGCCCUACAACAGAAGGUGAAGGUAUUUGGAGGGAAAGACACAUGGAUCUGCUGGUAGCUAACAAGGUGUGUUCUCUCUGA